ACCACUACUAAGAAACCGCACCUCUAGCCAUGGACUCCCUUAUUCCAUUUACAACUUCCGGUUCACUGGUAGAUUGUGUGGAUAGGAAAAUGUUAGUGAUUUUGAGAGACGGGCGCAAACUUCAUGGUGUCUUGCGUUCCUACGACCAGUUUGCUAAUCUAGUUCUGGAGGAUACCGUAGAGCGACUGUAUCAUGAAAACACGUUUGCUGAGAAUUGGCAUGGUAUAUUCGUCAUUCGUGGCGAGAAUGUUGUCCUGCUGGGCGAGAUUGACCUCGAUAAAGAGGAUGAUAUACCGUUAAACCAAGUGCCUUAUACUAUUUUAGAGUCAUACCACCGCAGUAAUAUCACAAGUAAGAAAUACCGGGACGACAUCAAAGCUCAAAUAUUAUACGAACAGAAAGGGUUUUGUAAAGAAGGCGGGGAGGGAGAUGGGUACUGAAUUGAAAUUUUAGCCACUCUGCCCCUGAUCAGUGUUGAUGACGGAUAAAGCAAAUCUUGAAUUGUAUUCCGAAGUUUCAUUUCUUUGUUGGCAAGUUCUAAGAAUAUACCUUUAUUGAGCUCUC